ACUGUUACAGGGAUGGCUGGAUGGAUGCCAGACUUAACAUGAGCAUCCUUUCUUCAGUCCUGGAUUUUUUUAUUCUCAAAAGACAAGAGCAUUGGUGAAAGAUUAUGAGUUUCCUGGGGUCAGGACCUGGGAAAGGAGCUGCAAAUCGUUGCCUGAACAUAGUGCGUCAUAAUGAAGAUGGAGAGAUGGGGGCUGGAGGGCAGGAGUAUAUGGGAGACAUGGGAGAGAAUCCUUGCAUUCAGCUCAUGGCCACUGGGAUCAAUCACUUAAAUCUUAACCAAGAACAUUAUCACUGGCAGGCAACGAAGUCAACAUUGAAGGAACGAUUCAUCUUUCUCUUCAACAAUGAAAUCCUCAGUGAUGUACAUUUCAUUGUGGGGAGAGGAGAAAUGCAGCAGAGGAUUCCAGCUCACAAAUUUCUCCUAUCUGUUGGAAGUGCUGUAUUUGAUGCUAUGUUCAAUGGAGCCAUGGCUACCAAGGAACCAGAGAUUGAGUUGCCAGAUGUUGAGCCAGCUGCUUUCCUGGCCCUCCUACGAUUUCUCUAUUCAGACAUGGUCCAAAUAGGUCCUGAAACAGUGAUGGCAACCCUGUAUACUGCCAAGAAAUAUGCUGUACCUGCUCUGGAGAAUGCUUGUGUAGAUUUCCUAAAACGAAAUCUGAGUAGCGACAAUGCCUUCAUGCUCCUAAUGCAGGCACGGCUCUUUGAUGAACCUCAACUAUCCACACUAUGCUUGGAAACAAUUGACAAAAACACAGCAGAGGCUUUGGCUGCUGAUGGGGGAUUUGCUGAUGUUGAUCAGGAGACUUUAUGCUGUGUUCUUGAGAGGGAUACCCUUCGCAUCAAGGAAGCCAAGCUUUUCCAGGCUUGUGUCAGGUAUAUAUUCUCUUGCUUUUAG